AUGACUACUCCAGCGUCCACUCUCAACUUCGUACCCUGCUACCAGAACUAUUCCUGCGCGCGUCUCGAGGUUCCCUUAGAUUGGUCUGAUACCACUAACAAUGAUACCGUCAUUUUGGCAAUCAUCAAGCUUUCCACGGAGGUCAACCAUAGUGACAAACGCUACGGUGGCUCCAUCAUAAUCAAUCCAGGUGGCCCCGGUGAUUCAGGAGUGCAAGAGAUCCUCAACCGCGGAAAGGAAAUCCAGUUCAUCGUCGAGAGCUCUGAUAAGGAAGAGCGGUAUUUCGAUAUCGUUUCGUUUGAUCCUCGAGGCGUCGGAAACACCCUGCCCCCUCUUUCAUGCUUCCCAAAUAUUCUUUCCAGCUAUCUCUGGAAGGAGGCUGUACAGACCGAAGGUCUAGUUGAUAGCUCCGAGCAUGCAGAAGACUAUCUUUGGUCUCGCAUGCAGGCCAUUGGCACCGCAUGUGGGGAGACCGCGAAAGGUAGUGCUGAUAUUGGUCGCUACAUGAAUACCUGGAGCACAGCACAUGACCUGCGCCAUCUUGCCCAGUUACUGCAACCCGGUUCUAACCAAAAUGCAAAGCUACAAUACUGGGGCUACUCGUAUGGAACUCUUCUAGGGAUUACCUACGCCAGUCUCUUCCCAGACCAAGUUCAUCGGAUGGUAUUGGACGGAGUGGUAGAUGCCCUGGGAUGGUAUUCAGGACAUCUCUCUACUUCGUUCCGCGAUGCAGAUCUUGUAGUAGACAGUUUCUUCCGCUAUUGCCACCGGGCCGGCUAUCCCCGAUGUGCAUUUGCUGAUGCGUCUGCUAAUGCAUUGCCUCCCGAUGAAGACGAGACAGAAGCGAUAAGUUGUCUUCAAGAGCGCCUUACUGACAUCCUAGCAGACCUGAAAGUCACUCCGCUCUGGACUAGUCAACCCAGCCCUGAGAUCAUUACAUACUCCGAUGUCAAAACUUUGCUCAAAACCGCCCUUUAUGCCCCGAAUGAUUUAUUCCCUAUUCUUGCUACGAUCUUAUCAGACCUUGAACAGCGAAACGCUAGCAGCAUGGCAGCAUGGAAAGCUGCUCUACGGGAGGAAACACAACCCGCUCACUGUCUCGAUUCUGCAUGCCAAUCUUCUGCUCCAUGCCGUGAAGCCUGUCGCUAUGGCUCUCGAAUUGAACUCACAAAGGGUAUUGCGUGUCUGGAUUUGAGUCGCAAAUUAUUAAAUUUCACGCAAGAGGAAUAUUCAAAGCUAUAUCUCCAGCCAGUGAUGGAGAGCAGCUAUUGGAUUGGAGAUACAUUUGCAGAUUUCUAUAUGUCAUGUGCUAGUUGGAAGGGUAAGGGUCCGGGGUCUUUCGAAGGGCCUAUCGAUGCUCAGAAUAUGUCUACGCCCAUUCUUUUUGUCAGCAAUACUCUGGAUCCAGUAACUCCACUUGCUGAGUAUUUCCCAGUAACAAUUAUCUUUGUUUGGGAUGUGCUAACCACUUCAUUAGCGCCCAUGCUAUGUCCGCCUUGUUCAAGCCCUCUUCGGAAUGACAGAUUAUCCAGUCCCAGUCUUCGAUAG